CGUCGUUUCAUGCGACGAACGGCAAAAGCGAGCGUGCCAUGGAGCGGCGUGGUCGUUGGCAAAAGCGAGCCGGCGAAAGUGAGGAGAAGCCUGGUGACGACAGGCAUGCCUUCAGCCGAGAAGGCUCAGACUCGGAGGGCUUCUGGGACGAGCUCCCACCUGCGCCCGCUGCCGCUACAGUCGCCCCGGUGAUGCCGGUCGUGCGGCCGCUGGAGCCGGUCAUGGCCAGAGGCCCUAAGGUCACGCAGAAGCAACGGAAGUUACCUGCAGGACCAGAGCGACACGAACAGACGACCGAGGUGAAACCUGUGGACCGCCUGAAGGCUGCAGACCUGGAGCGUUGGGAUGCGGAACACCAGUCGGUGCCACGGUGCCCGGACGAGGUCACCUUCCAGCUGGAUCCAGGCUUGGAAGAGGAGAAGAAUGUCCUGGAGGCCAUCUAUGGCCCGGAGUUCGAAGCUCUGGGCCCCUCUGAGUGGAGGGUGGGCUUUCCUUCGCCUCCGGGCUCCGCCGUGCGACUUCUGUUGCCCGCGGGCUACCCAACUCUUGAGCCACCUGUGCCUAUUUUCGAUUACGAAGGGCUCCGCCACGCCAUGGCGGAGGCGAUCUGCGAG